AUGUCAAUGUUACUUGACCUGACUAAGGUAAGUAACAUUUACAUCACUACUAGAAUCAUUAAUACAGACGAUCCAAUAAAUAUCAAUGUUACUGGACCGGACUUAGUUAAAAGAAAAUGCGCCUUUUCAGCGGCAAGAUCUACUGUCAUGCUGGGAUCACUGGAAUCCCAAGUGAUAACAUACGACAAGUUGAUGGCCAACAAAGGAAAGUCGUUUGACAGAAAUACUGGAAUAUUCACCGCCCAAACUCCUGGCAUCUAUUAUUUCUCCUUCAACGUGAGAUCAUACGACGGGAAACAUAUAGGAAUUACAUUGAUGAAGAACGAGGAAACGACGACUGCCAUAGCGACCGACGCCGGAGAUAGGAAGGUGGCACAGUCGCAAAGUAUAAUGCUUCAACUUGAAGUAGGAGAUAGAGUAUGGCUUCAACUUGGUCCUCAUAAGGAAUAUGCUAUCUACAGCAACAGUUUCAACUACGUCACCUUUAAUGGAUUUCUCAUUUAUGCUAACUUCAGAUAA